AUGAGGUACGAGAAUCUUUCAUUUAGUCGUAUUAUAUCAGUUUCCGAGCAAGAGUCAUCUUUUGCCAAAAUGACUAACGCCGUCUGUGAGUCAUACAACGUAUCAUGGGUAAUUGUCCACUAUUGCCGACUGAAGGCCUAUUCAAGGAACAAGACUAGCUUGCACAUAAAUGCCACGUUUCUGUAUCCGGCCAACGACAUAUUCCUCAGACUAAAAGUGUUGAAGAAGGCCAAUGGCUAUAAGCCAUUCCUAUUUGAUUACACUUUCGAUGCUUGCCAAUUCAUGAAGAAACGGAAUCAGCCCUUUGCCAAGAUAAUUUGGAAUAUGAUCAAGGACGUAUCAACCAUUAAUCAUACCUGUCCUUAUGUGGGCCUUCAGAUGCUAAGCGAUUUCCACCAUAUCGAUAUACCACUUCCCUUACCAGGAGGCGAUUAUUUGCUUUUGAUGAAUUGGAUUUUUGAUGGGAAACCGCAGUUUGCGACAAAUGUUUAUUUUAAAUUUGUGGAAGACUUAUAA